UCCUUAAGAAUUUGUAUAUAAGUUAUCUUUAAAAUUCGUUGUUCCCUUAUAAAAAAUUUGUAUAAAUAUCUUUAUAAUUCAAUAAAUUCAUAAAUAAGCAACUGAUAUCAAGCAAUACGUCAUUUAUAGGUAAAAAGAAUACUUUACUGCUGACUUAUCUCAGCUUAGCCCCAGAUUUGACUAUCGCUUGGCUUAUUUUUGGCCAAACAUGGGGGCUUUGGCACCGAUAAGAAUCUGAGAAAUGUAAGGCCCCCAGGAGAUUAGUGUUGCCCCUCGACCGGCCAUUAAACAGUCUUCAAUUGCCGAAUUUUUGGCUCAGUUGGAACCAUGAUCUUGACCACUACGUUUGUGUGCUUCUGCCUGGCCUCGGCCUUUAAUUACUUCAGGACGAGAAGGCAGCGCUCGCGGAUCAGGAAUCUCAAAGGACCCUUCACCUGGCCACUCUUGGGAUCGAUGCACAAGCUAGUCUUUCUUCAGCCAAAAAGUUUCUUCAAGCGCAGCGCUGAAUAUCUCCAGAAAUAUGGAUCUCUGAGUCGUUGCUGGGUCUUCCAUCGACUCUUUAUACCUCUGGCGGAUCUGGAGCUGGCCAGACAGCUCUUAGAGAGCGAAAAGCAUCUGGAGACGGGCUAUGAGCUAAUGCGGGACUGGCUUGGUGGCGGCAUACUCAUGUGUGAGCAGGAUAAGUGGCAGCAGCGACAUGGCCUAAUCAGUGGGCUCUUUCGGAAGGAGAACAUGGAUUCGCUGGUGGAGCUAUGCCGUCAGCAGGCAGAGCAACUGCAGCAAAAACUGCUAGAACGAGCGGAUGGAAGUGAGUUCAAUGCCUGGGAUAUAGUCUCUCCCUCGGUCUUGGAUCUCAUAGUGCGGACAACUUGCGGCGUAAGUCCCAGUGAGGAUUAUGCCAAGAAUUUCCUAGAUUUGACAGAACUCUAUAGAAAACGCUUUUUGAGCCUGCAGUCUGCCAACCGCUUUAACUAUUGGCUAAGUUCUCCCUUUAUGAGAAGACGUCAGAAUAAACUUAUAAAAAGACUGAACGAGGAACACAAGGAUCUGAUUAACAGAUAUCGCCAAGGGCAGCAGCCGAAGGUUAAGAUCAGCGAAGGCUUGGUGGUGGAUCAAUCGAAGCCACUGCCUCCAAAGUGGCAUGAAUCCCUCCUCCAGAUUCUCCUCGAAAACCAAGAUCAGGAGCUAACGGAUCAAGAAAUCUGUGCGGAACUAAACACCUGCAAUUAUUUAGGCUUUCUGCUGUGCAGUUCAGCUCUCAGCUUUGCUUUGGUUUCCAUUGCCAGGAAUCCUUCGGUGCAACAACGUUGUUUGGAGGAGCUUAGACAGGCUCAGAUUAAGGAUCAGGUUUGGAAUCUGGAAAAGCUACCAUAUCUAGAGGCUGUGGUUCAGGAAACACUGAGACUUUAUCCGCCACAAGUGAUAGUUGGCCGUCAGUUGAAACAAGACUUUUCCUACACACACAGUGUUGUGGGCGAUGCCGAUCUACCCUUUGGCUCUGAAAUCUACAUUAAUCUGUACAAACUGCAACGAAAUGAGAGUCGCUAUGCCAAAGCUAAUCACUUCCAAGGCGAUCGUUUUAUGGACUCUCCUCCGGAGCUUCUUAGCUAUAGCCUGGGUCCUCGCAGCUGUCCUGCCAGGAAGUUUAGUCUUAAGUUAAUGAAAAUCCUGUUGGCAACCAUUCUCACAAAUUUUGAGCUUUUACCCUAUGGCGAUGAACUCCGCUUGGAUUUGCGACUGGUCCUGGGUUCAUCCAAUGGUUUCCAGUUGGCUUUGAAGCCGCGUUAGCAAUUAGUGAUUUGUAU